CAUCGUGUUCGUGUUCGCGUUCGCGUAAGAACUAAGAACCUAACUUCCACCUUCUUUCCUUAACCAGCACUUCCCUUCUAUAAAGUCUCUCUUCUCCUCACUCUCUCUCAACCCCAAACCCAUCUUUCAUUUCUCUCCCAAACCUCAAAAACCAAGAAAAGCCAUUUUCUUAUAGCAUAUGGCUCAAAGGCCUAGCGUUCCUCAUUAUUCUUCCAUAGCCUUGGGCCUCCAUUCUCAUCUCUUGGUUUCCAGUGAGAUGAACCCAAACUCUAACUGGUCCUUACAUUGAAAAGCUUAAAAGAAAAAAACUUUCCCUUGAAUAUUCUAAAUUUAGCCCCUAAAAGCUAAACCCAUAUAAUUCCAUUCUUUCUAUUUAACAUUCACAAAGUUCUUGUUUUUGAACGGUUUAAGCUUUUUUUUUUUUUUGCUGAUUCAAAAAAAUGGGUCUCAAGGGUUUCGUUGAAGGAGGCAUAGCUUCAAUCGUGGCGGGUUGUGCCACUCACCCACUUGACCUGAUCAAGGUCCGAAUGCAGCUUCAAGGCGAAACCCAUGUUCCGAACCCGAACCUCCAAUCUCUCCGCCCAGCUCUAGCUUUCCACACGACGUCGCUUUCGGCUCCUGGGUCCAUCCACGUGCCUCCUCCGCCGCUCCCCACCGUGGCGGCGAAGGUGGGUCCGAUCGCCGUCGGCGUGCGUAUCGUCCAACAAGAAGGCGUGUCCGCUUUGUUCACGGGGGUGUCCGCCACGAUGCUCCGGCAGACACUUUAUUCGACGACCCGAAUGGGACUGUACGAUAUUCUGAAAAAGAAGUGGUCCGACCCAAAAUCCGGGAACAUAACGCUGCUGCAAAAGAUAGCGGCUGGGCUCAUAGCCGGCGCGGUCGGCGCCGCCGUGGGAAACCCGGCUGACGUGGCAAUGGUGCGCAUGCAAGCCGAUGGUCGGCUUCCCCAAGCUCAGCGGCGCAACUACAAGAGCGUACUGGACGCCAUUUCACGCAUGGCGAGCCAAGAAGGCGUGCCGAGCUUGUGGCGCGGCUCGGGUCUGACUAUAAACCGAGCCAUGCUGGUCACGGCUUCGCAGCUAGCUUCGUACGAUCAGAUCAAGGAGAUGAUAUUGGAAAAGGGUGUGAUGAGAGACGGGCUCGGGACCCACGUGACGGCGAGCUUCGCGGCGGGUUUCGUGGCGGCGGUGGCGUCGAACCCAGUCGACGUGAUAAAGACCCGAGUGAUGAAUAUGAAGGUGGAGCCAGGGGCUGAGCCACCUUACUCCGGUGCUUUGGAUUGUGCGUUGAAAACUGUGCGAGCUGAGGGACCAUUAGCUCUUUACAAAGGGUUUAUUCCUACGAUCUCGAGGCAAGGACCUUUCACUGUCGUCCUGUUCGUCACGCUCGAACAGGUUCGUAAGUUGCUUAAGGAUUUCUGAUGGAGAUUCGAUGAUAGUUGAUGAUGACGAAAAUGUUACUGAUUAAUUAAUAAUUAAUAAAAGUUUCCUUUUUUAUUUAA